AUGCAUAUCUCACAAGUUCAGACCGCGAGCCUCCUAUUUGUUUCUCUCUCUGGGGCAAAGGAGAAAGCACUGCCGCCUAUAUUCGCCGCUCAGAAGCGGCGUCUAAUUGCUGGACACGAAGAUCAGGUGAAAAAAAGCUGGGAUCGACUCUUGUGCACACUGCGUGAUGAGGUGGACAUUCAAGCUGCACCGUCAAGGUUCCAGGACGAACUCCGUAAGCGUGGUGUUGCCGUGGUGCGAGGUGUCAUUCCGGAGGGCGAGGCCCGCGCCUACAAAGAGGAGUUUGAGGCAUACAUGCGUGCUCGUCUACAUCCCCACAUGCUGCAGACCCAGAAAUUCCUCAUGAGCUUCUGGCACUCGCCCGCCGAGGAUGCCCUCAUAUCCCCCAUUCAUCCCUUGACAUACGCAGACCGCCUGCGCAUUCGCCAGCCAGGUGAUGCGGGGUUCGCCUUGGGACCUCAUGUGGACGGCGGCAGCGUCGAGCGCUGGGAAGACAACGGAUACGGACUAGGACAGGUCUACCAAUGUAUUUGGGAGGGACGGUGGGAAGAGUACGACCCCUGGGAAGCUGGCUGUCGAGUUCCGGCGGUGGUGGACUUGUAUAACGGGGCCGGGGCGUGUUCCAUGUUCCGGAUGUUCCAGGGCUGGUUGGGCAUGUCGCACACUGGUCCCCGCGAGGGAACCCUGCUUGUCAAACCCCUGUUGUCCAUGGCUACUGCAUACUACUUGUUGCGCCCGUUCUUCGAGCCAAUCGCGCCUGCCCCAGCUGGUAACUGCUCACGACUGGCCAUGGAUACCUACCUCGACCCGACGAACUGGCGUCUUGAGGCGUCAUUGUCCAGCAAAAUGGAAGGCGACACGCCGGGCUACUCGCAGGAUCUGACCGAUAUUUGGCACCCCCACUUGCGACUGGACCAGACCAUGGUGCAUAUACCCAGGAUUGCUCCGGGCGACUAUGUUGCCUGGCACUGUGAUACUAUUCAUUCUGUCGACAAGGUCCACCAAGGUCGUGGAGAGAGCAGUGUGCUGUACAUCCCCGCCUGUCCUAUCACGGAGGACAAUGCGCAAUAUGUCCGCCGCCAGAGAGAAGACUUCUCGAAUGGUGUGCCACCACCCGACUUUCCUGGGGUUGUGGGUGAAAGUGGGCAUAUCGGCCGCACAACUAAAGAUGACCUCACUCGGCUUACACAUGAACUGGGUUUAAGGUCUCUGGGGCUUGAGAAAUGGGAUCUUGAGGAGAAAAACCUUAAGCCAGACAACGGACUGUGUUGA